AUGUGUCCAUUUGCUCAAGUUUUCAACUUCCACUUGAGCAGAGAGAAUAUUAUCCGAUGAACUGUCGAAAAAAGGUUGACAAUUAAUACGCAAGACUCGAGCAAAGCUCUCAAGGACAGACAUCUUGCUGGUGAAAAAAAAACUUUCAAAGUCGUUACUAGGGUGGUUCUCGAAUAUUCUAUGACGCAAAAUUGUGCCAUUGUUUCUUUUUUUGAGCUUAAAAACCAAACUUCUUUUCCAAACAAAUUUAUUGAGCCCUUUUUGCAGGCGACAAAUCCUGGAUCGUUCGAGCCGCCAGACUCUGACAUCACUUGGCUUCGCAAUGGAAACACUUUGUACAGCAACGGACAAGUUUCUGUGGGCACAGACCGCACCUGCGCCAAACUCACAGUCGACGGCGACAUCUACACAGCUGGUCGAGUGAUUUGCCCUUCUGACAUCCGACUGAAGGAAGGAAUCGCGGCGAAAGAAGCUCGCGAGGCCCUAGAAAACCUGUGCAAACUUCGCGUGGUCGACUACUUUUACAAGCCCGAAGUUGCCGAAAAAUGGGGCCUUACAGAGGAACAGCGCAAGAGAACUGGUCUCAUUGCUCAAGAGCUGGCUGCUGUUCUGCCGGACGCUGUUCGCGACAUUGGAGACUACCUAACCAUCAAUGAAUCUCGAGUUUUCUACGAGACCGUGCUUGCCACCCAAGAGCUUUGUCGCUUGACGGGCGAUCUAGACACCAAAAUAGACGAGAAAGUCGAAGAAAUCAGCCAGAGACUGGCUCGCUACGCACGUCAUAAGAAAAUGCUCGGUUCAAUGGCUUCAAACUUGAACGGCGAACACAACAACGACUCCAAGAGCUUGAUGUCCUACUCGCGUCUCUCUCUGGCUUCCACCGUGACCUCUGCAAAAAAAGAAAAAAACAAGGAAAAGAAGAGCAAGUCGUUCAUGACCCAGCCUCUCUGCAACUCGAGGCUUACCCAAGGAACCAUCAUCACCUUGGUCGUCGUCAUGGCAGCUUGUUUGAUUUCCAUGUCUGCACUUUACGUCCUCGAUUGGCACAACCGCAACUACGGCUACCAUCACGUGUUCCCUAGCCCUACGAAAGAAGAGCCUGCAAAUAUGGUCCUACCAGCGGGUGAGUUCUAGAUUUUUCAGAUCUGAAGGACCUUCUAAAAAUUCCAGAAAAUCGAAACUUACCGGUGACGCAGCCAGGAGCUCCACCGUUAAUGGCCAAGUGCAGAUCCAAUACCUGUCGAACUUACUGUUGCACUGACAAGCCAAAGCACGAAACUGAAAUAGUCAAGGUUUGAAAAAAAUUUAUUGAAAAAAAUAUAAAGAUAAAUUUUUCUGCUUAAGAGAGAAGCCAAUGGAUCUGGAACCGUAGACGGACUCGAAAAACCAUUUUUCGUUUCGAACGUCAGCAGCUUCACCACUGGUGUCAAAAUUCAAAUUCCGAGCUUCAACAUCACCGUCGACAAUCGCUACUGCAUCCAGAAGAGUUGCAGCCGUCGUCGCGGAAUCUACAAUCUGUACAUUCCGGUCUCUCCGUUCCUACCUGAUGCACCCAUUGAAAUAUUCAUCUCGUUAGUGAAAGCAACAAUUUCUGGUAGUUAUCUGGUAUUCAGGGUGCCCCGGAACAAAAUCAUCAACAACUGCGGCUAUCUCUCCGAGUUCCCGCAUAAAACAUGCCCUCUGAGCUCCAGAGAUCCCACAAGCUAUCCUACUUCUGACCAGGUGAAUUUUUGCCAACUGUGGAUCAAAAAUUACAAAACGAGAAUUUUCUCCAAUUACGACAAUGAAAACAAAUUUGAGUCUUUAGAUAACAAUUUCCUUUUCUCGAAACUCUCUCUAUAAAAGUUCAGAAUCUAACUUUGAAUAUUCGCAGAUCACGGAAGACGUUUACGAGCUCUCGGUGGGCUCUUACCUGCAGUCUGCGUACCGUUUCCGCGUGGCGCUCACGACGGAAGCUUGCUUCGCCAACGAGGAACACCUGCACAGCAGCUUCCAGGAAUACAACCUCAUUUUCUACCGAACUUGCACUACCCAAGAAUAA